GGCGUGGGUGUGAGGCGGAGAGAGGGGGCAUGAGGUGAUGGGGGAGGUGAGGUGAUGUUAGUUGGGGGUUCAUCGCCCCCACAGUAUGUAGUAGGCUCUGUUGGAGGAGGAAACAAUGGUGGCUGGCGGCGUAGUAGAUUCAUAUCAUCAGUUGGGUGGUGCCCCACGGGGAGGAGGAGGAGACACGGGAGGAGGUUGGGAUCAGGAGGAGGAGCAGCCGCCGCUGUGGUGGUGGUGGCGAGACCAGGCUCGGGACCGGAGGUGCGAGCGGUUGUUUCUUCUUCAAUUACGCAUUAGGGAGUUUGUUCGGUUCUACCCCGUAGGCUAUGGUGUCUGAUCACCACACUUAUCAUACUUUUCUACGUGACCGGCUUCUCCAACGGGAUACUGCGGAUGGUCAAGAAGCGAGCGAGCUCCAAGUUCGUUCUAAGCAGUUAUGUUGGAACCCGAGGACCGAUGACCAAGAUUUGGUAAUGUUGUGUGAUAUUUUGCAACGGUGGGGCUCAGGCUUGCAGCACGACCGCAGAGGAAGAGUUCAACGGAGUCCUUUUUGACGGUGAUCGCCGAUCGUGCGGCAGUUGGGAAACAUGAAUUCGGUCGUGAAGAAGGAAGAGGACUUGGAGGUGGAAUCGGCUAUGGAGGAGACCGCAAGUGCCAAGGUCGAACAGGUUCGGGAGACGUUGGUAGCGCUGGGGUUGUCACCGGAGGUGAUCAAACAAGCUCUUUUGAAAAUUGAUGUUUUUGAUGGUGAUCUCAACGCUAUUGCCACGCACGCUCUCAGCCUCAACACCCCUCAAGCGGAGUGCAUCGAGGAUUAUGUUUGGGAUGAUAUGAAUUCGAGUGACGAAGAUGCGGGCGUUCCUUCAGGAGAAGAGCGGGUCCUCCCUUCUUGUAGAGCUGCAUCGCCUCUUCCAGUUCAAGUCCCAGAUGCCCAUGAAGAAGAGGAAUGGCAAGAUCCAAUUUGCAAGCUCUUCCAAGAGCCUUCUAUGGUUGCGGCAAAAAUGGAGCCUGAAGACACUGGGCCUGAAGAUAGUGAGCCUGCAUUUCUUCUUCCCACACCUCCACUACUACCUGAACAUCGAGAAUUAAGUUUUCUGGACAUGGGCUUCUCGAAGGACCUUGUGCAGCGAGCCAUUCGGCACCAUAGUGCAGAGACUGCUGAUUCAAUUUUGUUGCAAUUUCUCCUGGAUAACAGUGAGCACGGAACCAAAAUAGGUCAGCGGAUUGCUGAAGAAGACAGUGAUUCUGAGGAAGAGUUGAGAGUCAGAGUCCAGCAAAAUAUAGCAACUCGUGACUUGAAGUGUUCCACUACAAGCACUUACCGACAGGGAGCCAACAUUGCCAGCGAUUCAGAGAGCGAUUCAGACAUUGCUCCAUGCAAUUAUCAGAAAAUUAAUCCAUCUGAUUUUGCAAACCCCUCCCCUCUAUGCAGCAGGGAGGCAGAUCAGGAUGGAGGUCUCAGGGAUGCCAUGCGGAGCGCAGGUUUUUCUUCAGAGUUAAUCGAGCGUGCGGUGCAAGAACUGGGAGAAGCGGUUGAGUAUGACAUGCUGCUUGAUUACUUGUUGUUCCUGGCCAAUGAGCAAGACCCAAAUGCUUCAAGUAAUGAAGAGCGUGACACAUUCGAGAAGCUCACGAAAGUGUUUCAAUUUCCCCCAGUGGCAGUUGAAAAGGCUAUGGUCAUAUGUAAAACUACGCUGCGGGAUGCAAAGCAGGAAGAGAUCGCUGAGCUUGUUGAUUUCCUCGCUGCGCACAUGGAUAACUUAGUCGAGGGAGAAGAGUUCGGAUCGGACUCCGACUGUUCCUCCGAUGACUUGAUUGUGGAUCGGGAGGGUAAAGAAAACUAUAUUGAAGGCUUUGAUUCAUAUCACGAAGAAAAACGUUUGGGGUCCACUUCCAACAGUAAAGGUAAACGAAAGCUUGGAGGUUCAGCACUCAAUCUAGAAAAUCAAUCUAGUCGACGAGGUCGCCCCAGAAUUCUGAGCAGCGGUUCAUUGAAGAACAAGCAAACAGCUAGUGUUUCUAAGUCUAAAGCAACCAUAGAUACAGCUGUGGUAUGCAAGUAUCGGGGGUCCAUUGGCUUUGGUCUUCCUGGUCAGCCACAAAAGCAACGCUCUCUUCAAGAGGAUGUGAAAGGAGCACCCUUUUUUUACUUCGAGAAUGUGGCAGGGAUGCCCGUGGGUGAGUGGGACCGAAUCGUGACCCAUCUCUUCGGCAUUGAGCCUGAAUUUGUCGAUUCCAUGCAUUUCUCAGCAUGCAGGCGAUCCAGGGGGUAUAUUCACAAUCUCCCUUUAGAGGGGAGGAGGAAGAUCAUUAAGGAUCCUCCCAUGACUAUUCAGGAGCUCAUGCCGCAGACAGUUCCCUUCUGGCCAGAGUGGGACAAGCGGACCAAGCUCAACUGUAUCAACACAGUGAAGGGGACAGAGUUUAUUCUUAGAAAGCUUGGCAUUGAGGACGCCACUGCAAUUCCCACAGCUGCAGAACUUGUCCUUGAGGAGCAGACGAAGUAUUCGUAUUGGUGUCGCAAGAUGAACUUGGUGUGGACAUCUCCAAGCAUUCCUACUCCUAUCGAGGCCAACGAGAUUGAAGCGAUGUUGGGGUUUGAUCGUGACCAUACAAGAUGUAUUUUAAACACUUCGAUCAGAUACAAAGCUUUAGGCAACAGUUUUUCUGUGUAUACUGUGGCAUACCAUUUUUCGGUGUUAAAGCCAUUAUUUCCGAGAGGCAUCAAAGUCUUGUCUCUAUUUUCAGGUAUUGGAGGUGCCGAAGUAGCUCUUCACAAGAUUGGCAUCAAGCUGAAUGUUGUGGUGAGUGUGGAGAUUGAGCUGGAGCCUCGCCGUUGUCUUCAGACUUGGUGGUCGGUGACAAACCAGACGGGCCAUCUCGAUGUAGAGUAUCACGAUGUGAGGCACCUCACCAAAUCGGUGUUGACACGACUUGUGAAUAAGUACCAAGGGUUUGACCUGAUUGUGGGAGGUAGCCCUUGCAACAACUUCGCAGGCAGCAACCGUGUCUCCCGCAUUGGACUCGAGGGUGGCCAUUCCACCAUGUUCUUCGAGUUCUCACGGAUUGUUGUCACCGUUCGUGACCUUACGGUCAAGUUGCUAGGACGAUGAAAAGAUGGGCAGCUUAUGAGUAUGAUGUAUUAGUAGUUUGCCUUGCCUUGUUCCUUCUUGAAAGGCUGGCUUGUGCAUUGAUGAACCAUUGAGUUAUGAAACUUUGAAGUCGGUGAAUGGAUGUGAAGGUUUGUUGGGUACUCGAGAAACUCUAUAUAGUCUGCACACUUUGACGAUAUUGGAGCUUUAUCUGCUUCUACCUGGAGAUACUUUUGCGUCAUUGUUUAAUUUUGUUUAAUAUCAAGGAUGAAAAAUUCUCUUUUCA